UUUAUCGAGCCACUUGGAAUAUAUUUUAAGUACCCAAUACGCAACACUAGAAGCUAUUCAGUUCAGUGCCUGUGAAUGUACUAAAUUGGUCGUUUCUUAAGGUUUGAAAAAUGGGUACUCUGAAAAUGUUGCCAUUUUGGGCGUUAGCGUUUAUGCUGCUCUUACAUGCCUCAGAAGCAGCGUAUAAAGUUGGCGUCGGUAGAGCAGACUGCACUGGACCUACAGCAGAAAUCGUAUUUAUGGGAUACGCGAAAUCAGGCCAAAAGGGAUGCGGCUUACACUUGAGGCAGUUUUCCAGGGCGUAUAUCAUCGACGACGGCUCCAAAAGGGCGGCCUUUGUCUCGGUAGACGCCGCCAUGAUGGGUCUUGGUGUACGAAAAGAGGUACUUAAAAACCUAGCCGAACUUUAUGACGACACGUAUAACGAAAACAACGUAAUUAUAAGUGGAACUCACACCCACGGAGCACCUGGUGGUUUCUUGAUGGACGUCAUGUUGGACAUCUCCGUCCUCGGGUUCGUUCAGCAAACCUUCGACGCCCUAGUCAGCGGUAUCACAAAGUCCAUCGCAAGAGCUCAUGAAAAUAUGGUAGACGCAAGAAUAUUUAUAAACUCUGGCGAACUGUUAGAAGCUAAUAUUAAUAGAAGUCCGCAAUCCUACUUGAAAAACCCAAAAGAAGAACGUGCCAAUUACGACUAUAACGUAGACAAAGACCUGGUACAGAUGAAAUUCGUAAGGACGGAAGACGAUGUGCCCAUCGGUGCCAUAAACUGGUUCGCCGUUCACCCGACGUCGAUGAACAACAGCAACUGUUUGGUAACGUCGGACAACGUCGGAUAUGCCUCAAUUUUGCUGGAGAAGAGUGUCAAUCCGGACGCACUAAUUGGCAAAGGAGACUUCGUGGGUGCCUUUGCCUCCACAAAUCUAGGGGAUGUGUCGCCCAACUUGAAGGGUCCUCACUGUAUCAAUACCGGGGAACCUUGUGACACCACCUCCAGUACGUGCGAUGGCGAAGCCAAAUACUGCAUCGCUUUCGGUCCAGGGAACGACAUGUUCGAGAGCACCGAAAUCAUCGCCACCAGACUAUUCAACAAGGCUAGGGAACUUUUCGACGGUUCGGAUGCCACGGAAGUUUCUGGACCAGUGAAGUACAUUCAUCAAUAUGUUGAUAUGCCUACUCAGACAGCAACCAUCACCCUUGCAAAUGGAACGGAACAAGAGGUAAAGGGUUGUCUACCGGGCAUGGGAUACAGUUUCGCUGCCGGCACCACCGACGGACCCGGCGAAUUCGACUUCACGCAGGGCUCCACCUCCUCCAAUCCAUUCUGGAACGUCGUCAGAGAUUUCAUUUUCCCUCCGACGGAUGAAGAUCAAGAGUGCCACGGUGCCAAACCAGUUCUAAUUAUGUCUGGGCGCAUAAAGCUGCCUUACGAGUGGCAACCAGAAGUUGUGUCCACGCAGAUGUUCCAGAUCGGUAACGUCUUCUUCACCGCUGUGCCAGGCGAAUUCACUACUAUGUCGGGCAGACGAUUGCGUAACACCGUCAAGAACACGAUUAUAGAAAACGGUGGUCCAGAGAACACCAGGGUCGUCAUCACUGGGCUUAGCAACAUUUACACGAAUUACAUAGCCACUCCGGAAGAAUAUCAGUUGCAAAGAUAUGAAGGAGCUUCUACAAUCUAUGGACCACACACUCUGACCAUAUACCUAAAAUUAUACAAUAACUUGGCUGCAUCAUUGGUUACGGAUAAAGCUGUACAGGCAGGACCGCCUCCGGCAGAGUUCCCCGACAACCUACUGACCCUCGUAACCCCAGUGCUGUUCGAUACAGCCGGCUUUUCUGGCGACUUCGGCGAUUGCACCGAAGAACCACCUUCUACCGUCAAGAUCGGGGACACGGUCACUGUGAAAUUUAUUGCUGGCCAUCCUAGAAAUGAUCUGAUGACGGAAAAGACGUUCCUCACUGUGGAGAAACAAGACGGAGAUGACUGGACAGUUGUAGCUACGGAUGCCAACUGGGAAACUAGGUUCACAUGGAAGAGAUUAAGCUUCAUAAAAGGUUCCAGCGAGGUUAAAAUCCGAUGGGACAUAAGGGACCACGUGCAGCCGGGUACCUACAGAAUCAGGCACUUCGGCCACUAUAAAUUCAUCCUGGGCGGAAUCUACGCCUACGAAGGCGCCACCAAUACCUUCCGAGUUGUGGCCUAAUGAGCGUCGCUUAAUUCCAAAGCUCGAAUUAUUUAUGUGAUUUAGUUAAGUAUUAUCUUGCCAAAAAUAAAAUAUGUAAAAAUCAA